AUGCUUUGGUUGCACAAUGACCUGCAUGGUCACCCGUUAGAUCCAUUUAGACAUCGUGUCAGACUCUUCAACAGUAUCCUUCCUGCACAUGUUAAGACGAUGAUUGAUAUGAUUGAUGAAAUUCUCAGGAAACGCAGAGAACCAUUUAAAGUUGACCCGGCCACGGCACGAGAACUUAACAACAAGUACAUGAAGUGGAAGCAUAUAACUCCUGAAGCACCCUGGCAGGGCGGAGUAAAAGGGAAAGCAAAAAAGGGAAGCGCAAAUACCCCUCAUGAAGGUUACCUAAUUAUGAUAUAUGAGGAAACACAUCCGCGUCAUUCAUGGAGAGUGGGUCCAAUCGAGGACCUAUGUCCCAGUGCUCAAGGAAUCGUACAGAAGCAAUCGUUUAGCUGCCAUCUCGGCGGCUUAUCCGACGUCCUGUUAAUCUGCUGA